AUGACGUCAUCGACUGUCGAAUCCACUGUGUCGCCGUCGAACAAACCGACAACUUCUUCGCAAGAAGAAGAAACUAUCGCACCAACUCUAAAACCGAGUGAUUUAAAUUCAUAUCUGAUAACAUCGAAAGAUUUAGUGUAUGACUCUACGGACAUCGACUUCAACAUUCGUCUUCAAGAUCAAUUCGAAAAGACAGCCUGCAUAAACUUUAUUGACUGUCAUGUCACCUUUCCUUGCGAUUAUUCAGAGAGCAACUGUGGUAGCCGUAAAAAUCAGGACGAUCUUAUCCAGAUUCAAGUCAGAACUGAAAAGGAGACCGAAAGAGAAGUUGAAGAAGUUCUUAACCAAAAUUUUGAAGCAGCUCAAAAAGACCCGAGUAUUCCUUCUGACAUCAAGGACAAACUCAAAUUGGAAGAAGUGACUGUUAUUGACGAGAAGAACACAGUAGCUCCUACAGUCUCUGUAACAACAACUGCUUCGAAAAAAUGUGUCAAUUCAUUCGUCGAAUCUACGACUGGAAUUGUCACAAUCACCGUUGUUUCUGUCCUCAGUGCGUUUUACAUCAUUGCCGCCUGCGUUUUCAUUUUCAAAUACUGGACUCUUUCGAAAACGAUCAUCAUCACUUCCAGCAUCAUUAUCUUCGAACUCGUCAUGGUGCUCGUUUUCUUCACAGUGCUUGGCGCUGAGUGCCCAGACGAUGGAAUUUCCCCAGCUCUAGGAGGAGGACUCAUCGGAGCCUCAAUCUUUGUUUGGCUAGCCAUCACUAUCGGAAUGUACAUUUUCCAGAACAGGAGAAAAGUCAGCGAAAAGAACGUCUCUUUCUCAAUCUCUGACGUCACAAGCGAUGACAGUACGAGCAUGAACAGAUAUGCAAACCCCUUCGACGACUGA